AUGACGGUGUGGAUGGCAUACAAUAAUGGUCCAGGCAAAGUCCUUCCUUUAACCAAUUUCUGUCGACCCCCAACGGUACCAAAACUUAUCCAUAGCGAGGAAACCGAGGACACAGUAUCAUUCGUCGCAGUGAAAGCAAGACAACAGCCAAAGAAAUCUCGCGAACAAAAUAAUACUGAUCCAAUGGAGGACGAAAGCAAUGAUGAAAGAGUCGACACGUACAGCAAAUUAUUUCUCUGUCCUGAACAAGGCUGCAUUAAAUCAUUCCACACGUACUCUUCUCUAGAAAGACAUUUGCAUUGUGACAACCAUACCUACGUACUAGAGCAUGAAACCCUUUAUGACAAGGCUAUGAAGCUAUAUGCAACAAAACUGGAAGAAGGAUCCAGUAAAAUCUACAAGAAACAGUGACGGCUCGUGACUUUUUAACAAGGGCGACUUUUUAACACCGCAGCAGAUUGCAAGUUUCUUCUCACGAUUGGCGAAAAAAAGAAGGGAAAAUACAGCAGGCGAUAAAGAUAAUGAAGAAAGGGGUGAUGGUGAUGACAAUGACUACGAGGAAGACGAUUUAAAUAAGAAAGAUUUCGAAAAGAGAAAAGGACAAGAAAUCGAAGAAUUAUCAGCUUCCUUGAUUGACGCAAUUGGCCUGAAGCAUCCAAUAAUGUUCGAUAGGCACAAUAUUUGUGAAUUAACAAAUCAAAGAAAACUUUCCAAAUUCUCUGUUUACAUGCUACAAGAAAUUUGUUCUUCAUUCGAACUUAAUAUUACUGACAGCACUGGCAAGCGCAAAUUCAAAAAACCGUACAUUGAUUUGCUAGAAAAACUGGUUCAAAGUUGCGGUUGCUGA